AUGGCGGAUUUCCCGCCUUUGGCUCCAGUUCCGUCCCCCGCGGUCCGAAGAACUAUCCCAUCUGAUGACUGGGAGGCGUGUCUUGAUGCAUGGAUGACACUUCUUAGCAUUCGUCUAAAUUCUUCUGAUGAAAAAUUCCAAGAUGCAGCCGGUGCAGAUCUUCCAGCCUCAUUCCUGGAAUCGUUUUAUCAAUAUGCCGCUGCAGGGGAUACCGUUCUACAAUCUGGAACCAAGGCCCGAAAGCUUCGGAAGCUAUGUUUUCUCACAAUAAGGAGAUACAUGCUCAGUCUAAAAUCUCCACCAGACGCCCUCUUCAACUGGCAGCUCUUGGGAGAUAUAUGUUGUUGUUACCCAUCAAGCAACGCACUAAAAUCAUUAAUGUCCAUGGCAUGGGAAAUGCAUCAUGAAAAGAUAUCAUCCAGCUUGGAAAAGGCGAAGUCUCUCGUUAUCCAGCAAUUACCUACUUAUUCUCCCGCAGGCAAUUCUGUGAUUAUACUGGACAUUCGACGUUUGACAAUCCUAGCCUCGGUAUUGCCACCCUGCGGUCAGGUCUUGAUGGCAGGAUCCGACUUCUUGGACAUGUUGACGGAAGCAUAUCAAUCAAAAAACACAAGGCCAGAGCUUCCCAAAAUUCUAGUCGCGAAUGUUUACGUUGGAUUGGUAUCUCUAUUAAAGGAGCCUUCAAUCAAUUUGUCUUUGUUGCUAGACCAAUUGUUUAGUCUCAAGGCUGCCGCUGGAGUGGGAACACCCAAUAUUAAAUCUGGGCCAACGAUGCUUUCGGAUCUGGUCUGCAGCUCAGAUCUUUUACAACGGCUGGAUAAGUAUCUUUCUUGUCACCCUCAGAAACGGGGGCAGGACCUUCUGUCGAGCCUGCGUGUAUACCAAGCAGAAGCAAAGAUCUUUCAUCACCGCUACCAAAGGCGAAAGAAAACCGACAAGGGCAAAGAACCUUCGUCUGGGCUCCAGAUUCCGGAAGAAUUACAUGCACACAAAAUGUCGCUCGUUUCGCAGGUCCAAGACCUUUUCCCAGAUUUGGGUUCUGCCUUCGUCGUGAGGCUUCUAGAUGCAUACGACGAAAACCCAGAAACCGUAGUCGCCCAGCUUCUAGAUGACUCGCUCCCACCAGAGCUCCAAGGCCUUGAUCGAUCCGAACAACUUCCUCCCCCAGCAGAGUCCAAGCACACACAUCUAGCGCCCCGGUCAACACCACCUGCAAUGCACUCACCUACUCUGGCGCCAGUCUCUGCCCGGAACAACAUCUUCGACAACGAUGUCGAUAUCGCAGAGCUCAGUCGCUCCGACAAAGCCAAGGGGAAACUGCGCUUCGGCCGAACGGAUAUUACUGCGGACGAAGUCCUCGCAGAUCGCAGCGAGCACACGGCUCAAAAGGCAGCGAUUCUCUCGGCUUUAGCAGCAUUCGACUCUGACGAUGAUGAACGUGACGACACAUAUGAUGUCGCAGACGUGGGCGGCACCGUUGACAAUACAGCCGGCGCAGACGAUGCGGAUAGUCAAGCCAAAAAUCCAGCCACUGAAAACAUUGACAUAGUCUUAUUCCGUGCCUAUAAGUCCAACCCGGCCAUCUUCUCUCGAGAUUCAGUAACACGCCGUUCCCAACCGCGCGCCCAGCUCAAGCGUGAAACGCAUAUGACCGACGAAGCCAUUGAAGGCUGGGCAGUCAUGCUAUCCCGUGAUCCCAAGCGUGCUACAAGGUUAGAGGAUAAGCUUGCAGUCGAUGCUGGUGGUGCUGGGGGCGGUGCGCUCAAUCAGCCAUCACUCACUGCCACAUCUUACAGAAAGCCACGACCUGAAGACGAGGAUGAAUCUGAAGACGGCGAUUCAUCAAGUUCUGCCGCUCGUGGGGGCCGGGGUGGAGCGAGAGGUGGACGAGGACGUGGAGUGCGAGGUGGUGGUGGUCGUGGUGGUCGCCCACCACAGUCUGGGGAGCAAGGCCAACAAAAUGCGCAUAAGAAGAAAGAAGAGCAUAAAGCUAGUCGGGCUAAUCAUAAUCGGCGCCAGCAGCGUGCAAAGAAGAUUGCUCGAGGGGGCGGUUUACCUGGUUAA